AUGAUAUACUUCCUGAGCGGGUGCCUUAGCAGUUCUGUUCUGCAUGAUGAAUAUGUUUGGUCUGCAAAUAAUACCUGGAGUGCCAGACUAGUUAAUAGACUUUUUUAUGUUAUGCAUACCCAUGAUCGUGCAGGUCUUCCCAGUUCAUCUGAUUCUUUUCAUGAUUCACCUCCUUAUGUUGAUUGGUAUGAAGACAAUCCAAUGACUCUUAUAAUGUUAGAAGAGCUGGUCUCAAAUGUGGAUUGGGAUACACAAUCAGACCAAGCUAUUCAAAUUUUAGCCGCUGGAAGGAGGCCUGAGGUCCUGACAAUUCUUCAAAACAGUGCCGUUUUAAGCGUCGCCUGCUGUGUGUUUUAUAGCCAAUGUGGAAAUCAAGCUAUUUUAAGAGAAACAACGUUUGAGAGGACAAAUUCUGGUUGGUUUUCAGUUUGGAAAAAACAAGAACGAAAUCCUUGGCUUGCAAAUUUCUUCCGUGUGAAUGAGUUUAAAGACCAGGUCUGUUCAUCUUGGUUUGCUCCGGUUGGGUCUGCCAGCGAUUAUCCACUUUUGUCUAAGUGGGUUAUUUAUGCAAAGUUAACUUGCCGUGGCUCUUGUGCGGAAUCACCUAAUGAGAUAUCUUCCAUAUACUCGUUAGGGACCACUUUUAUAUGGCUCUACAUUGCCAAUUAUGUGGUGGAUAGAUCAACAAGGUGGGCUCUAACUUACCCUUGGUCGCCAGAAGAGUAUGAGAAGUUGAAGGAAAAGGAAACGAAUCCUGAUUUCUUAGAUAUGGUUCCUUGGUAUUCAGGGACAUCAGCUGACUUGUUUAAGGCACUGUUUGACCUACUGGUAUCAGUCACUGUGUUCGUUGGACGUUUUGACAUGCGUAUGAUGCAGGCAGCAAUGAGUAGGGUUCAAGACGAAGUCAAAGAGGAUGAUCUUUUGUAUGAUAUAUUCAGUAAGAGUAAUGAGGAUGAUCUGUGGUUUGACUUUAUGGCUGAUACUGGUGACGGUGGAAAUUCUUCUUAUACUGUGGCACGACUUCUUGCUCAACCUUCAAUUCUGGUCCGUAGCGGUAGUGGUGACUCUAUGCUUAAGCUACUACGUGGAAAACUGCUCCUUAUUGGGGGUGAUCUUGCGUAA